UUUGCUGUACAGAUUCAGUCAGUGUGACCGUGAGGGUGUGGACGCAUGUUAUCCUUCUUUAGUCGUUAAGCUUCUAUAUCUCUGUCAGAAAAUGAGCCUUUUAGGUCUUUUUAACUUUCUCAGACGGUCUUUGCAACGAGCUGAAGCUACGCUGACAGACAUUGCAGGCUUUGACGGAAAUUUCGCUCCAGCUUUGGCUGUUCAUGGUCCAUGUGUUCUACCCCAACCUGUGCAAGAUGGGAAUCCGGCACCCAGCUUCCUGGACAGCAUAUUCUGGAUGGCUGCUCCAAAAAAGAGGCGUACAAUUGAGAUCAACCGCACAAGAAGAAGAGCACCAGAGAAGUUAAUUAAAGUGAAGACAAACAUUGAGCCGUGUCUAGAGUGCGGCCACCCAAAGCAAAAGCACACACUGUGUGGGUACUGCUACGCCAAGGUGCGUAGGGAGACGGGAGAGAUUCGCAAACAGAUAUUUGCCAUGGAGGGUAAGCCCCUGAACACUCCAGCCAUGGAGACAGUGAUCCUGUACGACGGUGAGACUCCAGGGGAAGGUGACAAGGACAAGAGGGUAGUGGAGCGACCCAGAAAACGACCCUCCUGGUUUAUCCUAAGCUAAGCUUGGGUUAGUUGUGCCGUGCUGCCUGCUUUGUUAUUUGUCAGACUGCGUAAGAAAACAGUGGAUCAUUGUGAGAUCAUUUGCAAUAAAUUGCCUGUGUGUAUAGACAACA